CCCCUCCUUCGCUGUGAUCUACAGCGGGGGGAGGAGGACAUACCCCACACGGUACAGGCCGCUAGCAGAUGGCCGGGUUCUCAUAAAUGGGAGAAGAAAAUCUGGUCUCGGUCUCUAGUCUCGUCUUGACCGCCUCGGACCAGCCUCCUCCCCGAUGUAUGUGCGGUGGUUUCUGCCUCUGCUCGGGGCUCUGACUGCAGAGGCCGAUUUCUUCCAGUUCGACAGCAUCUCCAAUGUUUCCACUUAUUAUUUUAAUUACAUUUAUUGCAAUAUUUGGGAGGGGGAGUGUCAGCCCAACCAAGACGAUGCUACACAGCAAGUUCCUACCAGGGACCUUUGGGCAGGUUUUCCUCACGACUACAUUAGCCUGCUGCAUCAGUGGUACUGUAGUCUGGGCCAGUGCUGUGAAUCUGGAGACUGCAGGAUAACCAACAACAUCACAGGUCUGGCGAGGGACCUUCAGACGAAGCUCCACGGACAGCACCUGGCUCAGUCCGUGGUACUGAAAGCCAUCCAGGGUUUUAUCAACAACCCAGAGUCCAACAAGCCACUCACCCUCUCCUUCCAUGGCUGGUCCGGCACGGGCAAGAACUUUGUGGCCCGGAUCAUCGCCGAUAACCUGUAUCGUGACGGGGUGAAGAGUGAGUGUGUCCGUCUGUUCAUUGCCCCGUUCCACUUCCCACAUGCCAGACUGGUGGACACGUACAAGGGUCAGCUGCGAGAAGCAAUCCGGGACAUGGUGUUGCGUUGCUCUCAGACUCUGUUCAUCUUCGACGAGGCUGAGAAGCUUCACCCAGGCCUCAUCGAUGCCAUCAAGCCCUACAUGGAUCACUAUGACAAUGUUGAUGGGGUUAGCUACCGCAGAGCCAUCUUCCUCUUCCUCAGUAAUAUUGGUGGGGCAACAAUCAACGACGUAGCGUUGGACUUCUGGCACUCCGGUCAGAAUCGAGAAGACAUCGGUAUGGAAGACCUGGAGCAUCGGCUGCGAACUGAAACAAUGGAGUCUCAAGGUGGGUUUGCGCAGAGCGAACUGAUGUCUGGCCACCUAAUCGACUUCUUCGUGCCCUUCCUGCCUCUGGAGUACCGCCACAUCAAGCUCUGUGCACGGGACGCCUACGCAGCCCGAGGUCUGGAGACAGACGAAGCUACGCUGGAUGAGGUGGCCAAGGCGAUGCUGUAUGUCCCCAAAGAGGAGAGACUGUUCUCAGCCCAGGGAUGCAAGUCCAUACCCCAGAGGAUCAACUUCUUUCUCCCUUAGAAGGAAAGACAGAUGGAGAGAGAGACCUGGAGGAGGUGUGAGAUUGCUUUACCAGCCCAUCUGCAUACAGAGCCUCAGAGGAGAUGUGUCUUUUCUGCUCAGCACUACAUACUCUCCUCGCCCCACCCCCACAGAUACAACAUGUGUCUGUCCAGGUCCCUCAGAGACGGCCAGGCAGUAGGGCAGGUCCAGCAUGAAGGGGGGGGGGGGUAGCAGCGUGGCUCACCAGCAGACAUAUGUAGUGUCGCAGGAAACGUGUUCAUGCCAGACAGUCAUCAUAUGCAGUGUACCAGCCGUUCUUCACCUGCCUGGUUUGAAUCCUCACAGUGUCGAGAUGAAGAAGUGCAGAAGACGAUAUUAGUGGUUGUGCAGUGUAUGUUAUAGAGGAAUACUGAUAGACAUUUUGUCAUGUCACAUUAUUUAUGUCUGUUCACCUUGGCCAAAGUCACAAAGUCAACAGUUGUUCUUAUGUUUAGAUAUGGUCAUACUUAUUGUGUUGGUAUUUGCAUGUCAGACAUUGUGCUUAUAUUAGCACUGAUUAUUUAUUGACAUCAUUCGUGCCAUAUUUGAACAUGUUUCUGUACCUGAUUAUUUAUGUGGACUUAAAUGCACAUUUAGUGGUUCUGUAAGCCAUUAACUUGGCUUCUAAUGAACAUUAAAUGGCAUUGAGGUGUGAAGCACUGACUGUAUAACAGCUAACAACACUGAUGGAAAUGUUACUUGAAAUUGUUACUGGAAAAAGCGUGUGGGACUAGGUGUCACAAACAUUGAAUCUAUUUGAAAAUCAGAUUUUUUUUUUGUGCCAAUGUGUUCAAGAAUAAUGCUUUUAAUUAUUCAUUUUUGAUCUCAGUAAUUUUAUGAGCCAUCAUUGCUUCAUAUACAGAAUUUUACCUUGUUACUUUGGGGCAUAGUUUAUUCAUUGACUUGCUUUACCUCACACAUACACUCACACCAGUCUGAGUUGGUCUGCUUUAGAGAUUUUGCUCUCUAAAGGUCAAAGGGUCACAACACAUGAACAAUGUGGAAAGAAAUGAUCUCAGACAUUGUUUUAAGGAAAUAAAACACCCACA